CGUCGUCGUUUUCGCCUCGGUUCCAGAAACCCUAGCAAAACCCUAACCCUAAACCCUAGCAAUGGGGAGGAAGAAGAAGUUCAUCGACAAGAAGAACUCCGCCACGUUCCAACUCCUCGCCCGCGACUCCGCCGCCUCGUCCUCCCUCUUCCCCUUCCCCUUCUCCUCCUCCUCCUCCUCCGGCGCCGAAGCCGCCGCGUCCUCCACCUCCCCCUCCGACCGCGUCUUCGUCAGGGUCGACACCAACGCCUUCUCCGUCCCCGGCUUCUUCGACGACGACGACGACGCCGCCGAGGGCCGUGUGGUUAACGCCGACGAGUCCCGAGACUCCGCCUUCGCCGACGCCCCCGGCGACACCAGCGACGCGGACGACGAUGGCGCGGCGUCGUCGUCGCGGGGCCGCGGCGGUGGGGCGCUCCCCGACCACGUGAGGCGGGAGAUCCUGGAGCUGGGGCUCCCCGACGACGGGUACAACUACCUGGCCCACCUCCGCGAGAUCAGGAACGCCGGGGGCGGAUCCGCCUACUACCAAAACCCUAGAGCCCGGUUCGAUCUCGUGCCCCUUGAUGUCAAGGCAUACGAUGCUUCGAGGCUUCGGAUUAAUGAGGAUGCCGUGGAGGACUUGGCUGGAGAUUCAAUCUAUUCUGUUGCUUCGAGGACGGCAAGCGUGAAGGUUCAGAAGGUGGCUGACCCCGACGUGGCCAAGCUGCUUGAUGACAGUGAUCUGUCGCGGUUCGGGUCGGACGUGGAGGAUUUGGAGGAGGAUUUUGUCGUUCAGGCUAAUCGCCCUGAAGGAGAAGAGGAAGAGGAAGAGGCGGAGGAAGACGAGGAUGAAAACAUCGAAGCUGGUUGUGAGAGGGGCCGCCAUCCCACGGAGGGCGCCGAGCAUGGGGAAGCUGAAUUGGAAGAUCAAAGAAAGGAAAGAGUUCGGAGACUCCUUGAUGAGCAGUUUGAUAUGCUCACUCUGCAGGAGUAUGAUGAUGACAGUGAUAACGGUGAUGCUUAUUCCGACGAUGCAGAUCGUGAAACACUUUCCAGUAAGAUUGUAGAUACGCUUAAAAAGUAUGGCGUGGGGGAUCAAGAAUCAAGCACACUCUCAGAGCUGGAACCAUCUGCUGAUGUCAUUCGCAGAUGCCAAGAAUAUGCUGAAGGCUAUUUAAAUGAAAGCCAAGAAGAUGAGGAGGCAGUACUUGUUCAAGAAAGUGACGAUGAAUCUGAAGUUUGGGACUGUGAGACUAUUGUCUCUACAUUUUCAAAUCUUGACAACCAUCCUGGUCAAAUUCAGGCACCGGAAAACCCUAAAAAGCUAUUACCAACUUUGUUUCCUGGAGAGGCAACUGCGAAGCGUGAUGUGAUUGCACUUCGUGGAAAAGAAAUGCUCCCAGUUGACUAUCUACACCAAAAGAAAAGAAAUGUCGAGAGCACGAAGAAAUCAAAGGCAGAAGUUAGCUCUGGUUCUGAUAAGCUGAAAACGAGAGUACGCAAGGAGGAGUCUAAGGAAGAAAAGAAAGAAAGGAAGGCUGCUGUAAAAGAAGAGAGGAGAGAAGCGCGCAGAGCAAAGAAAGAGAUGAAAGGCUUGUACAGAGGUGAAGCACAGAGGGCUCAGAUGGUUGCUUCUGUUUCAGGACCGUCUGCUAUCCACCUUAUGUAACUUCUUCCGGGAUGACUCAGAUACUCAAAACUCUGAGGUUGCAGCGAAUCUUGACCGUUUCAUGAGUUCUAGAACCAGCACUCACACAAAGCAGAACUUCAUUUCAAGGAGUCAUUGUAGGGUUCUGAAAAUUGUGUUGUCGGAGAUAUUUGUAGCUAUAGCUAUUUAUUCGGAGGCAACAGUUUUAAGUUGCUCCUCUUCUUGCCGGUAUAAACAGGUUUUUGCUGUUGAGAUAUAGUUCGAGUUGUGGAAUUUUCUCUCUUUUUUUUUCUUUCUUUCUUUCUUUCUUUCUUUCCUGCCCACUGUACCAAGUUUUUAACUCAUGGUUGUAAGGCUGCCUCCUGAAUUUUAAAGGGUAAUUUAUGUUAACUUAUGCUGCA